AUGGCGAACCCAACUUCUUUCCUCUUCCCCCUUUCUCUGACGCUGCUUUUGCUACAAUCUUGCCUAUUUAGCUUUGCUAGUGCAGAAAUUCUAAACGUUACCACCGAUAAAUCUGCUCUUCUUGCAUUGAAAGCUCACGUUUCUUCUAAGGAUCCUCACCAUGUUUUGAUAAGUAACUGGUCCUCCAGCACUCCUAUUUGCACUUGGGUCGGUGUUACCUGUGGUUCUAAACAUCUCCGAGUCAAAGCUUUAAACCUUUCCUACGUGGACCUUGUAGGUACCAUUCCUCCGCACAUCGGAAAUCUUUCGUUCUUGGUUAGUCUAAGCAUAGGCAACAACAGUUUUCAUGGUUCAUUGCCAAAUGAGUUGUCUCGUCUUUAUCGGUUGCAAUUCCUAGACUUGAGUUAUAAUGAAUUCAGCGGAGAAAUCCCACCAUGGAUGGGUUUGCUAAACAAACUUCAAAUAUUGUUUCUCAAUGGCAACAAUUUCGAAGGUAGUAUUCCACAAUCUCUAUCUAACAUAUCAUCAUUGCAGCGGAUUAAUCUUGCAUAUAACCAGCUUUCAGGCUCCAUACCGUCCUCUAUGUUCAAGAUGCCUACCUUGCAACAAAUUGUCCUCCUCUCAAAUAAGCUUUCAGGUCCAAUAACCUCCGUUUUCUUCAAUGCGUCUUCACUACUACAAUUCAUUGACCUCAGUGAUAAUGAGUUAUCUGGUGGACUACCAAUGUUUGAUCAUCUUCCCAACUUAAAAAAUCUUUCUGUCGCCCAGAACCAUUUCUCUGGCGUACUCCCAGAAAUAGGAAACUUAACCAUGCUUACAUCGUUAGUCCUUUAUGAGAACAACUUUGAAGGCACAAUUCCAUCCUCGUUGCUGAAGUGUAGACAGCUGCAAUUUUUAGAUAUGUUUAAUAAUAAUUUCACAGGAAGACUACCCCCAGAAAUAGGGAAUUUAACUAUGCUUACGUUCUUAUAUCUUGCCCAGAACAAGUUUGAAGGUGCAAUACCGAGUCAAAUUGGAAGUCUGCAAAAGCUAGAUCAUUUCGCUGUUUACUCGAACUAUUUUUCAGGACCGAUUCCGUAUGUGAUCUUCAAUAUCUCAACUUUACGAUAUAUUAAGAUGGGAUUCAAUAAUUUCUCUGGUGACCUUCCAUCAAAUAUGGGUCUUUUUCUUCCUAAUCUUCUGGCCCUUGCUCUUCAUGGGAAUGAACUGAGUGGAACGAUUCCCAACUCUAUUCUCAAUGCUUCACAACUCAUCGUAUUAGAUUUGGGUCAUAACUCAUUCUCAAGCUCAAUUCCAAAAGCAAUUGGUAAUUUAAGGUUCCUCGAGGCGUUGAUCCUCGGAUAUAAUGAGUUGACAAUUCAGUCUCCAGAACUUAGGAGCCUUUUCUCUUCUUUGUCGAGUUGCAAACAUCUCAGACUUUUUUCUUUGGCCAAAAAUCACUUGAAUGAUGUCCUUCCCAAUUCAGUUGGGAACCUCUCAACCUCUCUUCAAAGACUUGGAUUAAAUGACUGCAAUAUUAAGGGCAACAUUCCAAAAGAGAUUUGCAAUUUAAGUAGCUUGAUUGAUUUGACCCUAUCCCACAACGAACUGGGAGGACCUAUUCCAACUACAAUUGGAAGAUUGCACAAGCUCCAAGGUUUGUUUCUUUCUGGUAACAGACUAAAAGGUUCAAUCCCAUAUAAGCUCUGCCAUUUAGGAAGCUUGGAUACACUAGGUUUAAGUGGUAAUGAGCUUUAUGGACACAUUCCUGCAUGCAUGGAUAACAUGACUUCACUAAGAAAUCUUUACUUGGAUUUCAACCGAUUAACUUCCUCAAUUCCUUGGAGCUUGUGGAGGCUUACAGAUCUGUUGUUGGUUGAUUUAUCAUCAAAUUCUCUUAAUGGCCCUCUAUCUUUAGAUAUUGGGAAUAUGAAUGUCUUGACAGCAAUGGAUUUGUCAAGAAACCAAAUAACAGGUCGUAUUCCAGUUACAAUUGGUGGGCUAAAAAGUAUUGUCAAUCUAUCUUUGGCAGGCAAUCGACUAGAUGGCUCAAUUCCUACUUCUAUUGGUGAAUUGGAGAAAUUCCUUCAAGAGGACAGUUUGUACACUUCCCAGCUACAUCAUUCAUGUCAAAUAAUGGACUUUGUGGUGAGGCUCGAAUGCAAGUCACCCCAUGCAAAGAAAAAAAGGCUGUAG